CAGAUUGACAAAUGUUUUACAGACAACAUCUAGACUAGUUUUACAAUCACCUAUUCAACCGGAAGAUGGACACCAGGGCAAACUGAAGGAAGGGAAAGUGAAUCUUACGCUGACAUGCCCUGACAUUCACUCCACUUCUGAGGAAAUGAAAGUGAUCCUUACCACGGCAACAGUAGACUACAAGGCAGCAGUCCUACAGUAUCAGAGCCUCUGACCACUCUGGGAAGUGUGGUGUCCUUUCCUGAACCACUGACCACUCUGGGUAAGGAUUCAAUUUUAGUCUGUAUAAGAAGCAAAAGUGCCGAAUCCAAAAAUGGAGUACAAGAAGAACUGUGACACGCUCUAUGAAAAAGACUCACUGAACGAUGCCAAGCAAACUGUUAGCCCAAACAGCCAGGCGCUCAAAGCUGAAGGCCGAUACAGUGACGACUGUUACUCUAACAUCCAGAAAGCUGAAACACAAUAUGCUUUCGAUAACGAUGACAAGUCAGACCCAGGUUAUAAAGGUCCCACCCAGUGGUGCACGUGGAAAGUGACCGCCGUUGUGUUCAUCGCCCUCACUGCGCUGCUACUGGUCACCGUCUUUAUCAUAGGAGGGAUCUGGCUCAGAGAGUCUGACGUCCUGGCAGUCUCCCAGAAAACAUCCAUGGAGCGAAACAAACAGAGACAACAAGAGGAGGAGCUGAAGAGAAAAGAGAGAGAACGAGAGAUCAGGGCAGAGGAGGAGAAGAAGAGAUUGGAGAGAGAACAAGAGAUCCGAGUAGAGGAGGAACAGAAGAAGAUGGAGUUAGAGAAGGAAAUACGUCAGGAGGAGGAGGAGAAAAGAGAGGCGCUAGAGAGGUUGUUGGGAGAGAGGGAGAGGAGGCUGGCGGAGGUGAGGGCUCAGUGUAACAGCGGUCAGAUGGUCAGCAGCUGCUCCACUGGACUCUCAGUUCUGCUCUCAGUGCUGCUGGUGAACUACCUGUUGGAUUACUGAACUGUCCUCAGUGCCUGCUUGAUUUCUGACCGUGAUAUUCUCUUGAUAAUUGAAACAGGUCAGUUCCGUACCACAUACCACCUAGGCUUGAGUCUCUCUUUCCCACUUGCUUCCAGUGUCUUCACUAUCCUAUCUGAGAAAAAGGCCAAAAAGCCCAAAACAAUAUACUUUAAAAAAGCUUGUUAUUGUGUUUUAGAUAGAUAGAUAGAUAGAGAGAUACUUUAUUGAUCCCCAAGGGAAAAUUCAAGGACAAUUUUACGGGCAAACAUGUGUGUCAGUUAAAUUACUGACUUUUUUUGUAAAUUAUCUAAAUAGAUUAAUGACUUAUUUGUACAGAUAUGUUGAUCACUGUGGUUACAGUGAAUCUUAUUUGUUAGUAAAAGUCAUUGCACCCAUCGUGUGAACUUGUGAUUCAGUUACAUGAUAAUCCCUUUGUUAUCCAUUUUGUCUACUUUUCCUAACGUUUGUCAUGUGGAUGUGAAUAAUGUGAAUACAUGUGAUGAUUUUGAACACC